AUGUUCAUCUCCGCGAUAGGAUGCCGGGCGAGUGCUACGACUACUGUGACUGGGGCUCCCUCCGUUUUGAUUGACAUCGUGACUAUCACCAGCUUUACGCCAACAUUACCGAAACUUGGGUCCUUCCUAUUCCAAGCUCCUACAAUGUUGAUUUCAGGAGUAAAUUACUAUCAAUACCUCAACGACUAUUUCUACCCAGACGGGGACCAAGGCUGUGGCUCCUGUGGCUAUGGGGGCGGUGGCUAUGAAACGUCCGACUGGAAUGGAAAUUACAGCUACUACACCAACGGCACCACAAAGCAGAUCAACUUCGAGUCCGAGGACUACCCCAGCUACUCUACAAUCCUGUGCCAGCUACCAGGGCAAGCAGAAGCUUCUGACUGCUCCCAAUGGACCGUCGUUUUCCAGGGCUAUCUGCACGCGACUCAGAACGGGAACUAUACGAUUGCACCGGUCCUGAGCGAGGACAAUGCCAUCUUCUUCUGGGGCGGAGAAAAGGCAUAUUCCAGCUACAAGAACAAUAACACCGAUGGCAGCGUCACGUAUACGCAGCCAAGCACUUUGCCGCAUAGUUAUAGUUACUCGAUGGCGGGCGAGUUUAUGCCUAUCACCUUCAUCUAUGCCAAUGGGUACCGGCCGGCUUUGAACAGUCUUACUAUUACAAGCCAGAAUGGAACGUCGUACCCGACCGACUUGGACUUCUUUGUGCCUCCUUGCCCGAAUAGCCCUUUUGUGCCUUAG